GUUCACUCAACCUAGUCCCCAUAUGCACGAAUCACCCAACAACAGCAAGAACAACUUCGGGGUGAUAGCACAGCGCACAGAGUGAUUGAAUUGUGCUUUCUUUGUUCAGUAAUGUCUGAAGAAGUGACCUAUGCUACUCUCCAAUUUCCGAAUCCUUCUAAGUCAAAGAAACUCCAGGAAAGCUGCAGUCUCAAGAGAACAGAUAAUCAUGAAAUGCCAGAAUUGGAGCUGAAUGGUGCAGCUGAAAACAGACCAGAGGCAGCUGAGAGCGCAAUUGAGGUGGCAGAGAGCAGAGCCAUGAAAGGACAUUGUAAUCCAUGGAAAGUGUGGGGCCUUGUGGCUUUCACUGUGCUGAUGCUUAAUUUAGCAGUGAUGGCUGGACUGGGAACCCUGAUGUUAAUGGAUUACCAAAAACUCUCCUUCAGCAAUGGAACAGCACAUGACAAGGAACAAAACAUAACAGAACAGUUGGAGAAAAGUAUAACAUUAUAUCUGGAUAUGUAUAAAAAUAUCUCAAGUGAGCACAUUUCUUUCAAAGAGACGUUAGAAAGCACAUUAAAAGAGUUGAAAGAGUAUACCUCAAAAUGGCAUGAGAGAGUAAACCAGACGGACAAAGACCUCAGAUGUUGCUCAUGCUCAAAGGCAUGCGAAUGUCAGAAUGAGAGCAAAAGUAAUUCCUCCUCCCUGAGAUGUGACAGUGAAAUAUUUGGGAAUAUAACUCAGGUUUGGCAUCUUUUUAAAUGUGUCAAGUGCUGAAACAAUGAAGCAUGAAGUAUUCAAUGGAAAUGAAGCAAUUGAAGCAAUGGAAAUGGAAAAUUGAAUGACUCUAGUAGUUAAUAUUUGUGAAAACAAAGUAGAUAUGCCACAUUUUUAGUCCUAGGUAAACACAAAUUUAUAGCUUAUUAUGUUACAAAAUAUAAAUAUCACAGGUAAGCUGAAACUAUGCAAAAAAAAAAAUCUCAGAAUCAAAGGAAAAAAUUUUAUUGUUUUGUGACCUUAAAAUCUUUUUCUCAAGACAUUAAAACUCUAUUACUUUUGAUUAUAAGUAAAUAUGGGAAUAAAAAUAAUAUUAGUAUAUUAGAAACAUUGAGAAUUAAAGUGGUUUAUUUUAUUUUUUUAAGAGUAGCAUGAACAAUGGUGCAACUUCUUCUGUGGUCCAACUUACUAAGCAGAUUGAAUAUCCUUUCCAUGCCUUAGCAAAUUGCCAUGCUCUUUUCUAGGCUGGGAUCAGCUUUUAACAUUUUUAUCCUCUGUGGUCUUAAAGACAAGAAAUAUUUUCAACAGUUCCUUUCAUGUGAUGUUUUUGGCUGGCAUCGUUUCCUCCAGGUGUCUGAGUCUUCUUCAUUGCAACUACCUUUCUUAUUUAUGUCAAUACAUUUCCUUCAUUAAGGUCCUCCGAAUGCGUAUCAAGACUGAAAUGAUGGCAGUGUCACCGUUAAUCCAGUUAGCGAUCCCUUCUUUAAUUGUAUUUAGAUUCUCAUUUGCACAGUGUGGUAAAAGUUCCUGCCAUACCUCUUUCACUAUUACUUCCUGUUAGGAUGCUUGAAUAUUUUCAGUGGUAUGCUUGAUAUUAUUUUUUUAAUUCAGCUAAAGAAAUUGCAUGAUGUAGAGUCAAUAGCCUAUCCAAAUGUCCUUAAAGAAUAAGAUUUAGAGUCUGGUGGUAAGAAACAUAUUUUCACUCUAGGCCCUAAGAGAAUCAGUGUGACCUUUUUGUUUUAUUUUGUGGAGGCAGCAAAAUUAGGCUCCAGAAAUUGAUUUUGCCUGCCAGCAAUUUAUUUAGCACAGGUUCACUGUGAGAAAUACAAUAAUUUUAUAAGCCAAAACAUACAAGGUAAUAUCUCUUAAUAAGCCAAAUAAAGAAAUAACAUACUCCAAACCUAUGACAAAUUCAUCACACUAUUGUUUUAGGCAAGGGGAGAUGAGAAGAAUAAAGUAAAAAUUUUGACAUGAGGUGUGCCUUUUUGCUCAAGGAGGAGGCACACUUGAGAGAGUCAGGGACUAAUCAAGAGCUGACUUGCAGCUUCCUGCACAAAGCAAAAGUUUCGUAGCUAGAUCAUGUUGUAAGGUAACAGUGACACCAGUGUUAGCAGGCAAGCUGAGAUGCUCCAAAGCUUGUCUCUCUUGAGACUUCUGCUUGGUUUCAACACCACUGCCAAUGAAGGAGUCAUCUUGGCCACAGUAGGAGCAAAUAUCAAAAGGGCCUUCAGAGAGUUUUUAGGUUAGGAAAGAGUCACCUCUCUCAAAUCAAAACUCUCAGAUAGUCCUCACACACUUUCAGUGUUUAUAGUCUCAAUGUACCCUUGACGUAGUUGCUGGCAACCAGCCUCUACCCUCUUAGAUGUCCAAAAGUCAUCUUAUUAAUGUGAACUCAGGCAAUUGGUUGUAAGGGACUUGUUAUGAAUAAUAAGAAAUUCACUUCACCUUUAGGGGCAUAAAAUAUUUCUCCUUUUAGUUCUACCAGUUUUCACUUCUUAUAAUUUGAUGUUACUUUGAUAGGUAUAGACACUCUUAAAUUAUUAUACCUUACUAGAGAAUUGACCACUUUAUCAUUAUGUAAUACCCCUCUUUAUAUCUGAUAAUUUUUCUUGUUCUUAAGUCUGCUUUGUCUGAAAUUAAUAUAGCUACUUCAGUUUUAUUUUGAUUGGUGUUAGAAUGAUGCAUCUUUCUCCACCCUUUAUAUAUAACCAGUGUCUUUACAAUUAAAGUGUUUUUUUGUAGACAACA